AUGAAGCCUGGAACACAACCUGAGGAAGAACAGAAUGAGAAAAACAAUGAUGCCUCCAGCCAAAGCUAUUUGGUAGAUGUUUUACGUAUCCUUUCAGCUGAUAACACCACUGAACAACACCAGAACCAAUCAAGAGAAAUUAUCAGGAUGCUGUUUGAAAGAACUAUGUGUCCACAAAGGGUUUAUGGGUUGCAAGAAGACUGUAAUCUGUGCCUUGAAUCAGAUAAUUUCAUAUUAAUUGCUGGUGGAGGCUUAGAAUACCAUCUUAGCGAAGAAGUGUUCCAGAAAAUUUCCCUUAUUCUUCUGUAUUAUAUUACUCAUCAUCAAGACACCUGCUCAUCAAAGCUCAGUCUAAGCAACUGGAAUUAUACAUUUUAUCUUAACAGUAUGCUCAGUUUAAGAAGCAAUGAGGAUUCCUACUAUUUUUCAAGGAAUGAAACUGAAGAUGUGCUAGAUGCAAUAAGGAAACAUUUUAAAAUCUCUGCAAAUCAGUGUGUUCAUGUUCUAGGGAAUGAAACUGGUGUCCUGACCAGCAAUGGAGCUGAUGCAAAUACACUUCCCCGUCUGGCUGCUGCCAUUCUUACAUCUGUUCUACAAGGAGCCUGCCUGGGUAAAUUACAUUUACCCUCACCAGAAUUCUUCACGAGCUAUAUUUUCAGUUCUCUAAACAGCACUACUGAACUCCAUGUAACAGCAAUAGACCAGCUUCUGAGCAUGCUAAGGGCUGGAAAGAAUUGCAGCUCAAAUGGACAAAUGUACCCCAGAAGAAUAACAGAUGCUGAACAUCAAAAUAUUCCAGUUGUAACAAAGCCAGAUAAUGGGAUAAUUAUGACCAGUUAUCAAGAAGCAAAUGAAAACACUAUUAAAUGGGAGCAGAGAUACUUCACAUAUAACUCAAGUAGCUCAAGACUACCUGAGCUACUGCUUGAUUUAAUAUUUCCUACUAUAAAACAAGAGGACAUUCUGAUUAGAUGCCCGUCUAACCUUUCCUUGAAAAUCUGCCAAGCUUGUCUCCCUGCAAAUGAGCUUGUGAAAAUAUUUUUCCAUGACAGUCAUCAACCAAUUUCUAAGGAACACUUCAAGCAAAUAAGCCCAGCAAUAAUUCAGCAGCUAUUAAGUUGUUCUUGCAAGUUUAUGGAGCCCAAACAAACCAAACCUCCACCAACAACUUUAGAGAAAUAUGGAUACAGCACUGCUGCAGUCUUACUUAUUACACUUGGAUCAAUGUUUGGCACAGCUCUCAUUCUAUUCAAUUCCUGUCAAGAAAGCUACACUCUUGUUUUACAACUUUUUGUGGGGUUAGCAGUAGGAACCCUCUCUGGAGAUGCUCUGCUACAUCUUAUUCCACAGAUUCUUGGUUUACACACACAUGAAGCACAAGAAACUGAAUAUUUCUAUGGAGGAAAAGUGCAUGUCUGGAAGAUGCUGGCUUUGAUUGGAGGAAUUCAUGUAUUUUUUCUGAUUGAAAAGGGAUUUGUUCUUUUGGUGUCACCACAUGACCAUGCAAAUAAAAGAAUUAGUUUUCUAGCCAUUAUGAUUGUGGUGGGUGACAGUCUACACAAUUUUGCUGAUGGCUUGGUAAUAGGUGCGGCAUUUUCCUCAGCAACAGAAACAGGUGUGACAACAACAAUUGCUAUUUUAUGUCAUGAAAUUCCCCAUGAGAUGGGAGAUUUUGCGGUACUGCUAAGUACAGGGCUUUCUACAAAAAUUGCCAUUUUAAUGAAUUUCAUAAGUGCCCUAACUGCUUUUAUAGGGCUUUACAUUGGCCUUUCAGUAUCAACAAACCCUUGGAUUCAAAACUGGAUAUUUACUGUCACUGCUGGGAUGUUUUUGUAUUUAUCAUUAGCAGAAAUGCUUCCUGAAAUGACUCAUGUUCAAUCACAGCGACCCUGGCUGAUGUUUCUCCUACAGAACCUUGGGUUACUAUUAGGUUGGCUGUGUCUCUUACUUCUAGCUAUAUAUGAACACAAGAUUAAAAUAUAA